AUGUACCAAGAUACUGAUAGUGAUGAAGAAAAUGAUGAUGAUAUUCUUGACAAGGACUAUAUGCCAGAGGAAGUUAGAGGAGAAGUUGAAGUGUAUAUAGAAAGUGAAAGUAGUGAUAGUGAAGAGGAGCAGUGUCCUGAUGUGCCAUGCAGAGAUAGAAAAUGGAGGAAGAAGGAAAACUUAUCUUUAGGCACUCAUUCCAUACCGUCACCAACUGCUGGCGAACAUGCUGCCAAGGACAUUUAUGAUAUUUUCAAACUAUUCUUUACUGACGAAAUGGUUGAGCAUAUAACAGAACAGACAAAUUUAUAUGCAGUAAGGGAUAAAAACUGCACGAACUUCCAUGUAGCUAAGGAUGAAAUUAAGAAGAUUCUGGGGCUAAUGCUCAUGAGUGGAUAUCACAGUGUACCAUCUGAAAAUGAUUACUGGUCAACAAGUGAAGACCUGGAAAUACCAAUAUUCCCCAAAACAAUGAGUAGAGACAGGUUUCGAUCAAUCAAGAGAUAUCUUCCUGUUGCUGAUACCAGUAAUUUAGCUGACUCCAAGAUUGCAAAAGUUUUACCUUUACUCGAAAUGCUUAGAGAGAGAUGUCAGGCUAAUGGUAUUUUUCAUGAAUAUCUCAGUAUAGACGAGUCAAUGAUUCCCUACCAUGGACAUCACAGUACAAAACAGUAUCUGAAAAACAAGCCUUUGAGAUUUGGCUAUAAAAUGUGGAUGUUGUGCAGUGCAGAUGGGUAUCCUUAUAAUUUUGAAUUAUACUGUGGUAAAGAAUCAAAGACCCUUGCCUCUUGA